UCUACUUUCCAGUGUCUCUCUUAUCCUAGUGGAUGGAUUGCGAAGAAUUCGAACCGCACAAUUACGAUAGCGAUUUUGUAGAUGAAGAAACAGAACAGCGACUUUACAGCGUCGUUUUCUUCGGAGCGCCACCCGGUAGCGAGUGUUAUUCGCCAAACGUCGCACGAGACACCAGCCUUUUCCAAAACCACACCGAAUCCAUUUCUAACUACGUAUCCUCGAACGUUAGUAGUCAAACGCCGUCGAUUUCGAAUAAGACUGGGCAGACUGUUUCUGUGAAUAUCUGUUCAUUCCGAGAUGAAUCAUGUUCUGAUUACGAAGAUUUUGACAUUCGUGAUGGCCCCGAAUGUGUCAACAUUAGUUCCACCUCUGACGAUGGUGAUGCUUUUGAUCUAUAUGUUGAAGCGACGUCAAGUGACUCCUCAACUCCAUCUUCCGGCUUACACUGGUGCUCAGACGAUGUUGUUUUGGGUGUCGCCGGGCAUUCGAUCUCAACUAUGAGCACUCCCGAUGAUGAUUCACUCAUCACUCAGCGAGUUGCCGCCAGUAGUAGCGAUCCGAACUUAUGGCACGUUGAUCUUGAGGAUGUUUUCCUCCAACGCUCGAAACCCCGUGAUUCAAGGUACUUCAGUGACGCUUCCAACACCGUUUGUUCAACCUGCAAGAAGCGGGGACAUUUCUCUUCUAACUGUCGCAAACCCGGCCCUGCCUGUAUCUUCUGCGGUGACCAGGGACACACAAAGAACGAGUGCAAAAGUAUAUAUUGCUAUGUUUGUCUUGCUCCCGGUCAUUCGAAGCGUACCUGCACUUUACGGAACUAUCUGAAACAUUCGACCUGUCAACGGUGUGGCUUACAAGGCCAUCAACUUCAACUGUGCACAGAAUUGUGGAGACAGUACAAACAUACUAUCGAAGCUGGUAGACCGAUUCAACCUUCGUGGACCAUGUCUGUGAGUUCGCAUGGCUGCUGCAACUGUGGACGUCGAGGACAUACAGUAGAGGAAUGCAACCGAAAACAAUUUCGGUCAAGCUUCAUCGGUCCCUCUCCUCGGCGUUGUGUCCGUGUCUACGACCGUAAAGAUAUCUAUGGAAAGAUUAAAUCUCACACUUUGAACAAACGGCGAACGAAGAAGCAACUAUUCGAGAAGGCUGCGAGAGACGCUGCGAAGCGAGGGGUUGUUACGGCCCAUGGUUCAAACAGGCGUCAUAUACGCGAGUUGCCCCAUCAUCUAUUAAGCCAGUCUUUGACCCAAGUAGAUGCUACAGAGGAGAUGUUUGUAUCCGAACAGAUAGAACCGAACCUCACUUCAUCCAACGUUGAGUCAACCAGCAGUCCCGCCCAACAUCGACAUCGCGCUUCCGCAGACGGAGCAGUCUUCAUUUCUCUCGAUUCCAGAGUGUCCACAUCCGAUACCCACAGAAAGGACCAAAACACUUCUCGUGCACGACGCAAAUCGCGCCAUCGUGACUGUGCUGCUGUACAUUCCCCGUUUGUUUGGAUAAAUGAACGGAUGUCUAUGGAAGAAAUUAACACAGAGGAGUCUUAUACACCCAUUGCCUCCGUACAUUUACGUGGUAUUCAAGCGGACCAUCAUAGUCGUACACCAUUUGGAGAAGAACGCAGAGUAUUAACUAAAUCGCACGGUGCACAUCCAUCUGCUACUCAUCCACGGAGAAAAACAAGACGUACUGUACCGCAUCUUCCGAUAAGAACGAAAAAUCAAUCUCAGACGCACUCCCAUGCUGACACUUGUUUGCCGGGAGGACAGCCUGGUGUAUGUCACUUAGCUGGAGCUGUCAGACGUUUGAGCCGCCUAGACAGUGUCAUGUCAGGACCGAAAGUCAAGGCCAACAAUAAAGAAAAAAGGAAGCAGAAGAAGAAUAAAUACAAAAAGCGCACAUUCCACAAUGCCCAGUCGAAUUCGAGUGCUUGGCUGUACCAUACUACUAAACCGGCGAAAAUUGAGUCAUGGGACGCCUCUCCAACAAGCGCUAUUAAACAAGAGUAGCCCGGACCAACUACUAGCUCUUUUAAGCAAAAGUAAAAUUAGAAAAUAGUGACUUGAUGAGCGGCGCCUGCCACUGCUUCGAUGGAAUAGACUGGCACUUUGUACAGCAUGGUUGUAUUACCUUGUUCCCAUACAUUUUUCUUUCUUCUUGUUGCUACGAGUAUGUGGUGUUUUCUGGGUAUGCACUAGUUCAUUCGGCCUUCCGGAUGGUGCCUUCAUGAUUUACGCAUAUCCGGAGGAAUGCAAAUCUGUCCAAUCUCAAAUUUUGUAUAUUUCCCCAUUGUCCUCCCAGCAAAGUUUUAGUGUCAUGAUUUACCUACAUGUUUGAGGAAAGUCUGCAAACUAUAUUUUCUUCUUGCCACCAUGGUUGCAUCCGAAAUCACGCUAACGAAGGUGGCUUUAUCUGAGAUUCACACUGCUGCUGUAUACUUCAGCCCUUCUUGGUAGGCGAUUUUGUUUACCAUGUCUACUUGAUGAAUGGAACAACGUGACUCAUUGUGACCAUCCCUUAGAAACCACUAUAUUUGGCUAGUCUUUAUAUGGCCUCUUUGCUCCAUGCUGUACCCAUUCUGGCACCUUUG